AUGGUGAAUGUUUAUAUUCCCACGAUUCCUAGCUCGCUGACAAGGCUUACAGCUCUGCAAAUCUUGGAGGUGAGGGGCUGCCAGUGGCUCUCCCAGGUGCCCUCUCGGAUGGACAUGAUGGUGGGGCUGAAGACGCUGGUGCUGACAAAGUGUGAGGAGCUGAGGAGCCCCCCUGAUGCAUUGCCGCCCAAUCUUGAGACCCUCUGCUUGGGGCCGUUCGUGGACGGCUGUGAGCAUGUGGUCGACCUCUCCGGGCUGUUGCAGCUGAGGGUGCUGAAGCUGGACUGUGUUGGGGUGCGACACGCGCCUGCAGUGACCAGCAGCUUGUUGCGCCGGGAGCAGGGGGAGCAGGGGGAGCAGGGGGAGCAGGGGGAGCAGGGGGAGCAGGGAGGGCAGGGAGGGCAGGCGGAGCAGGGGGAGCCGGGGGAGCGGGGGGAGCGGGGGGAGCGGGGAGAGCGGGGGGAGCGGGGGGAGCAGGGGGAGCCGGGGGAGCGGGGAGAGCGGGGGGAGCGGGGGGAGCAGGGGCUGCAGGGGGAGCAGGGGGAGCAGAGUGUGCAGUGGGUGCAGGGGGAGCAAGCCGAGCAGGGGGGGCAAGGGGUGCAGGCGGUGCAGGUGCAGAAUCUAGAGACGCUGGAGAUGCGUUUGGAACGUAAUAAGCGAGAGCUCCCAAUCCCCUUGACUUUUCUCCCUCGCCUGCGCAGCUUGGUGAUAGAUGCGCCUGGAGUCCGUAGCCUCCCGGAAAGCAUGUGGACAGCCAUGCCACAGCUGCGGCAGCUGAAGCUGCUUUCUUGGUCACCGGAGGAGCUGCCAGAGAGCAUUGGAGAGCUCCGUUCCCUGACGUCACUUACAAUUGAAGCACCUCAGCUGUUGGCGCUACCUCAAGGCAUGACCUGCUUGUCUCGGCUGCGCAGACUGAAGCUGAAUUGCCGCAGUGCCUUGCUGCAGCAGCACCACCCAAAGAGCCUUUUCCACCAGCUUGAUUGCCUGCAGCAGGUGAUAAUCAAACCAUUCCUGCGCUGA